GUUAGAUUUUCAGAAUUUUCAAAAAUUAUUCCUUUUUCAAUCCAAACAAUAUUUAAUACAUCAGGCAACCAGUAAAACACAAUUUUGAUAGCACGUGUGAUUAUGGUUGCCUGGUUUGCCGUGACUAAAAGCUAGUGAUGAGAAAUUUAUUUUAUUUUCAAUAAAUCCGACUAUAUGUGAAUAUUCUUCUUGUUGGCAACACUGAACGAUAACCUUGAACUUUUCAAAAACAAAAUGGAUCCAUGGUUGAUGUGUCAAACAGACCUGACUAUUUCUGGAACCAUAAUAACAAAAUUCGAAGAUAAUUUUGUUCCACCAUUCACCAAGUUACCGGACUCUGAAGAAUACCUAGCUAACCUCGAAGCAAAGUUGAGGAAGUUGCAGCUAAAUCCAAAUAUCUUAUCACAGUUAGCUGCAAAGAAGGAAGCUUGUAUGCAACAGCUUCUGAAGACAUCAACUGAAUUAGAUGACGAAAUUCUGACUCUUGAAGAACCUAUCGAGAACCUUCAAAUACUGAGAACGGUAACUCCACAACAGGCGCUCACCCAAGGUGAACUCGUGGAGUUGAUAAAGUACGACCAACUUAAAUACGAAGAUUGUGGUGAUAAAUUAGACGAGAGUUCGUUUGCCAGCAGAUAAAUAAAAUAGCCUUAGGUGCCUCUCGAGGUAUCGGGCGUACCAUCGCUGUCGAGCUUUCUAGAAGGUUGCAGCAGAAUUCUAUUUUUGUCUUACUUGCUAGAUCUAAAACUGGUUUAGAAGAAACUAAAAAUCUUAUUCAAGAAGUGGAUAAAGCAAUCAGUGUGCAUACCAUUCCGAUUGACUUAUCUAAGCCAAAUCUUGGUGAAUAUACUAACAACUUCAACCAGAUCUUGAAUGUUAUAGAUAAAAAUGAUAUUUACUCUGCUUUGUUUUUCCAUAAUGCUGGAAGUAUUGGUGAUGUGAAGCAGGUUGCUGAUCUGAUAGAUGUUCAUAAAUGGAGCGAUUAUUUUCAUUUCAAUCUUUUCUCUGUCUCCCUUUUGAACAGCGUUUUUAUAAAACUUCUAAGGCCUAUCGCUCCUCAGCUUAUUGUUGUGAACAUAACAUCCUUAGCAGGUCGUCAGCCUUUUGCUAAUCUAGCAAUGUAUGGUACUGGUAAAGCUGCUCGUGUAUUGUUUUUCAAAGCAUUAGCUAUUGAAGAGCCUAACAUUAUUGUUUUAAAUUAUUCUCCUGGGCCUGUUGAUACAGACAUGUUCAAUACUAUUAUUGAAGAAGCACAAUCUGAGGAAGUAAGGAAUAACUUUAAGAAAACUAAAGAGACAGGCAUUUUGAGCACUUCUCAAACGGUCAAUAAGAUGUUGGGGAUAUUGGAGAAAGGUGACUUUAAGUCUGGGGAUACUAUUGAUUAUUUUGAUAGAGCUUAAACAUUCCCUCAAAUUAUUUUUGGUGUAACAAGUUAUAUAUUUGUACUUGAUACUCAAAUCGAAAAAUAUAUAUGCUUACAGAUUUCAGUAUUAUAAAAUCAUUUCUUAAAUAAUUUGUUUUUUAUUAACAAGUUCACAUUAAAAGUAAGACAUAGGCAUAAAAUAGUUCAAGUUGAGACCAAAACAACAGUAUUUAAUUUGUGUUCCAAGCAAACCUUGUAUAUUCUUUAUAGUUUUUCCAAAUUCAUUUUGGAUGCUCAGAUCUCAACUUUGUGGGACCAGUUAGUCCAUAUUCAAUAAAAUAUUUUUAUUACUGCGCAUUAUUUUUAUUAAAAAUUCUUGGCCAAUCUGAGUUUGUGUCAUGCUAUGUAUAAGUUAAAAAAAUUGUUAUAUCUUAGCUGACAUUCUUUAGGUUUAUAACAACAGUUAUUCCAUCACAUUUUUGUUGAACGCAUGCUUUUUUGUUCAUUGCUUUUUAGUAAUUAGGUAUUGAUUUGAAUCAUUAGAUUUACUUAGAAAAAAAAUUUAUCUACUAUGC